UCUAACUCUUCUAGCUGAGCAGAUUCACAGCAGCUCCAAGAGGUGUGUUUGAGUGCAAUCAGGGUUUAACAAGUCUCAUGGAGACAGCUGGCUGCCUGGCACGUCAAAACCAUGAAGGCACCAAAUUGAUCACUGGACUUCCAUGCAACCAAGCCCAGAUCCCCACAGGGAUAAAAGGGGCAUCCUGCACGCCCUCCCAUCCGAGAGCUGCAUUCUCUGCUGCUUCUCAGCACUGCCAGUGUUAUCUCCUGCUGCCAUGAAUCGGCAAACUUACAGCAUGAGAGCUGGAGGUGGAGGCAGAUCUUACAGCACUGCCUCAGCUAUUAUUCCAAGCAGCAACAGGGCUGGCUUUAGCUCCAUGUCUGUGGCACGAUCUGGAGGAGGUGGAGGUGGUUUUGGAAGGCUCAUUGGAGGAGGUGGCGGCGGUGGUGGUGGUGGUGGGUUUGGCAGCAGAAGCCUCUACAACCUUGGUGGUAGCAAGAGAAUAUCCAUUGGUGUUGGAAGCAGCUUCCGAGCUGCCUUCGGGAGUGGAGCUGGGGGUGCCUCUGGCCUGGGAGGUGGUGGUGGCUGUGGACUUGGUGGUGGUGGAGCUGGCGGCAGUCUUGGGCUUGGUCUCGGUGGUGGAGGUGGUGGAUAUGGCUUUGGUGGAGGUGCUGGCGGGCUUGGCUUUGGUGGUGGACCUGGAGGUGGUGGAGGGUUUGGCUUUGGUGGAGUAGGGGGUCUGGGAGGGUUCAGUGGAGGGCUGGGUGGUGGCAGGAACCCAAUGGGACUUGGUGGUGGCCCACCUGGAAUUGGUACAAUCCAAGAAGUGACUGUCAACCAGAACCUCCUGGCGCCAUUGAACCUGGAGAUAGACCCAAACAUCCACCAGGUGCGAAAAGAUGAGAGGGAGCAAAUCAAGACCCUCAACAACAAGUUCGCUUCUUUCAUCGACAAGGUUCGCUUCCUGGAGCAGCAGAACAAGGUGCUUGAGACCAAGUGGACCCUCCUGCAGGACCAGGGUCAAAAAAACAGCUCAGGCAAAAGCAGCCUGGACCCACUCUUUGAGGCUUACAUCAACAACCUGAAACGGCAGCUGGCCACCCUGCUCAACGAGAGAGGACGCAUGGAUGGGGAACUGAAGAACAUGCAAGACCUCGUGGAGGAUUUCAAGAACAAGUAUGAAGAGGAAAUCAACCGACGCACAGCCGCGGAGAAUGAAUUUGUGGUGCUGAAGAAGGAUGUGGAUGCUGCUUAUAUGAAUAAGGUGGAGCUGGAGGCCAAGGUGGAUGCUCUGAACGAUGAACUCAGUUUCCUUCGAGCCCUCUAUGAUGCGGAGCUGGCUCAGCUCAGUGCACAAGUGUCCGACACCGCCGUCAUCCUGUCAAUGGACAACAACCGGGACCUGGACCUCAGCAGCAUCAUAGCUGAAGUCAAAGCUCAGUAUGAAGACAUUGCUAACCGGAGCCGUGCCGAGGCGGAGGCUUGGUACCAAACCAAGUUCGAGGAGCUGCAGGCCACGGCUGGGAAGCACGGGGAUGACCUGCGCAACACAAAGGGGGAAAUCUCUGAGCUCAACCGGCUGAUCCAGAGGAUCCGGUCAGAGAUAGAGAACACGAGGAACCAGUGUGCCACCCUGCAGACAGCAAUUGGAGACUCUGAGGAGCGUGGGGAGCUGGCCCUCAAAGAUGCCAAGGCAAAGAUGAUUGACCUGGAAGAUGCUCUGCAGAAAGCUAAAGCUGACAUGGCCCGGCAGCUCCGUGAGUACCAGGAGCUCAUGAACGUCAAGCUAGCCCUGGACAUCGAGAUUGCAACUUACAGGAAGCUGCUGGAGGGAGAGGAGAGCAGGCUGAGUGGAGAAGGACUCAACCCCAUCAGCUACUCCGUCAUCAGCUCCAACUCUGGCAUGGCUGGUGGAGCUGGGUUAGGAGGAGGAUUUGGUGGACUGAGCCUAAGUGGAGGAGGAGGUGGAAGCGGUUUUGGUCUUGGAGGAGGCGGUGGAAGCGGUUUUGGUCUUGGAGGAGGUGGUGGAAGCGGUUUUGGCCUUGGAGGAGGUGGUGGAAGCGGUUUUGGCCUUGGAGGAGGUGGUGGUGGAGGCUACAGCUUUGGAAGCGGAGGAGGACUUGGACUUGGGGGUGGUGGUGGCCUCGGAGGUGGAUUCGGAGGAGGCAGUGGUCUCAGCACUGCAAGUGGUCUUGGCUAUGGAGGAGGUGGUGGCAGCACUCUGAGCACCAGCGGAGGGAAUUUCAGUUCUGGAAGUGCAAAAGGCUCCAACCCAGGAGUGAAAAUCGUCUCUAAAACCUCCUCCAGCAAAAAGAGCAUAAAAAGUCAAAGCCUGAAGAAUGCUACAGAGCCCGAGUAAAACCAGCUCCAGACCCUCCCCAAAGGCAUGACUCCCACAUUGCUCCUGCAUUACUCCUGUAUCACUCCUGACCACCACCACCCUUCCACACAACCCUGUCCUGGCUCCUUGCACCGUAGCUCUUCUGCAUUUGGAUCACAGUUGAGGAAAAGCAGCACCACACACAUGAACCAGAUGUCUCAAAGCACCUGAAACAGGAUUAAAAGGAAACCACGGGCCUAAGUGAUCUUCUGAAUGGGGAAUUGGGGUUCUUCUUUGCUUGUUUGUUUGCUUUUAAUGAGGCUGAGCAGCUUGUUUGUCAUUGUGGCUAGCUGACAGCCAUCAGCUAAGACAGAUCAAAUAGCAGCGAAGAUGCAGUAAGUUGGGGUUUUAGCUCAGUUCUGGCCCACAGAAGCCCAGGGAUGGGCUGGGAACUUGGCUUCAGUUCAGCCUGCUUUGCCUUCACUGCUGGGAUGAACCAAACUCAGUCCUUCAAGUUAAGCAACUCAUCUUCAUCAGAGACGUGGGUUAUUUUUC